AUGAAGGGGGCUCGCCUACGAGAAAUUGACUUGCGGGUCGCACAAGCUAAUGAUGCACUUGCAUCUAUUCGGCUGGACAUCGGGCACAAGUCUUUUAUUUACCGAAAAAAGAUCAACACCGAAGAAAGCAAAAAGGGAAAGACCCGGUCGUAUGAUCAAGUCAAUGCCAUUGACAGAAAUCUGGCACAUCACCUCCGAGUUUAUGGUCAAGCCCGAUGGGCCUUACAGCAUCUAGCCGCAUCGGAAGACAUUUUAUCCUGUUUCAAGGAAAUCAAAAAGGCUGAUACUCAUCUCCUUCCGAAUAUAUCUCACCCCAAUAAACCUGGCUUUCGGAACAAAGAUAUCCCCUGGUUUUGGGGGUUCAAUAUACACGGUGAUUCGGAGAAUGAUGUGCAUAUGGAAGAAUUAUAUCGGGUAAACUAUCUUCGGACCAAAGCGAGAUAUCACCGAUGGCUGGAGGAAUCGAAGUUGGUUCCGAUGGAAAUGAAGUGGACGAUGCGGUAUUUUACGAAGCGGGCAGUAUAUUGGGAAGGUCUGAGGGAUCUAAGCGCCGAUGGUAAGCGCUGCUAUGCUUCCCGCCAAGCAGCCAUGUGGCGAGGAUUCCACCACUGCAUUCGAUUCUCUUAUCUCAACAUGCUCUUUACCCCCCGCCAACUGAAGGCCAUGGAACGAACCCGCCCCAUGCAGAUGUUAGUUUAUAUGAUGAGCUCUCGUUGCCGAGCUGCGACCAAGGCCUGGAAGGAACGACCGAAUAUGUCUGACAAUGAAAAGGAGAUAUGGCUCUCCCUGUUCAGGGGGGAGUUGGAUUUCAUUUGGAAGGCUCUUGGCUCGCAUGCCAUCGAGGAGUUCACGUAUGACAUCCCGAUGUUCCUUCAGGCUUGUGUGAAGGAGUAUGGCCCGCCUGAUAUUGACUGGGCAGUUGUUCAAACUGCGCCGGACUGUUUAGUCCCGGUCUACCUUGACAAUUGGUGGGUUGAAAAGGAUAUUCAAGAUCGGGUUGGAGGGGCAUGUGAUUGGAAUGACUUGGAAACAUUCGGCGUGGCCUUGCAUGCGGAUAUGCUCAUCAAAAACUACCACACGGGCAGCGAGCUGCCCCUUCCAUCGGCGACACUGGAGAUUGAGCGUAUGAAGAACCUUCGGGCUAGCAUUGCCCGAGGGGGAAAGACUUUGGAAGCUGAAUUGGACCGUGUCUACGACAGGCUCCACGACCUCAAGAAUCGGCUUGAGAGUUCAACAAAGUCAAUCCAGGUGAUGGAGCAUGAGUGGAGGGAUGGCUGGUGUAUCGCAUAUGCCGACAGGCUGUUAGCGGAGGAUGCAGUUGACGAUGAUUCCGAUGAGGGGCAUACCGACGCAAAGUCCCUGUCGGUGGCCCCCCCCAUCAACAUCCCGGCAAACCCACGCGUUGACAUUACUUCGACAACAUCUCGGCCUAAGAAACACGCUCCCCCAACAAUUCCGCCGGCAUCCACUGCCGAUCGUACCUCACGCCCUAUCGUGCAAAUUCUCCAGCGAGCUGAAGGCUUUGACUUCAAACCUCUUCGUCAUAUCAAACUUUCUUCUUUGAAGCCAACGCAACUUCAGCCCCAAGGCCGACGAGAGUUGGACGGCCAUCACCUGUCAUCGUCGGGAGCGCCGGGAGAGUUUGAACGUAUUUUGUCAGAAUUUUAA